AUUGCAUUCUUCCUGUCAAUACAACGUAUGUGCCUACCUCUCGGCAUGCACCGUCCGCUUAUGUAUACCAGAUAAGUUUGGCGUAUAGUGUGGCUUAUUACUGGAUACAUCUGUUCUGGCGACCAGAGCACACACGCUCCUUUCACAUUAGCGUUAGCUAAGUUAACCUAAAUGCCGAUGUAAAGGACGAAUUAGGACUUGCAGCGACACGAUGGAGAGUAGUGAAGACUACGCCAAGCGAUCAGAGCGCGUUAAAGCUUUGCUAUCCAGCUAUUAUGGGGAUGGGCCAGCGACAGGGGCAGGGGCGUCUGCGCAGGCAGGCGUCGCUGCUCAGCAUGCAACUGCAGGCCGUGGACCAGCAGCCGCUUAUGCUGGAGGACUUGCUGCAAUUGAUACGCCAACGUUCAACGCAGAUCAGCACACAAAUGACAUCUUGCGCAUAUUCUCUCUGGAGAAGCUCAUGGUCGAGCACCGCAACAUGGCCCGUGAGAUUAAGAACAUUGACUCGGACAUGCAGCAGCUCGUGUAUGAGAACUACAACAAGUUCAUCGCGGCAACGGAUACCAUCCGGACGAUGAAGUCAAGUAUUGACGCCAUGGAAAGCGAAAUGACCCGACUCCAGCAGACAGCAAGCGUGGUAGCUGAGAAAUCUCUCUCCGUGAGCAACAAACUGCAGCAACGGCGGGAGAGCAUGGAGCAGCUGUACAAGGUGCAGCGCCUGCUGCGGAAGCUGCAGACUGUCUUCGAGCUGCCCCGCAAGAUGCGCGCCGCUCUGGAGGAGGACGCGCUGGACACCGCGGUGGGGCUGUACGCGGAGGCGCAGCCGCUGCUGCACAAGUACGGCGGGCGCGGUACCUUCAAGGUGAUCGCGCUGGAGAGCGACUUCGUGGCGCAGGAGAUCAGCCAGCUGCUGAAGAAGCGGCUGACGGAGCGGAAGGACGACGCGGAGCAGUGCGUGCUGCUGCUGAGGAAGCUGGGCGAGCCGGAUGAUACGCUGCAGGACAAGUACCUGUCCGGCCGCGUCGCCCGCAUCCGGCGGGUGCUGUCGGAGGCGGCGCUGGUGGCGGAUGCUAUGGCAGCAGCAGCAGCGGGAGCGGGAGCGGCAGGGGGGCAGCAGCAGCAGCCGGUGCAGGUGCCGCCGCCGCCCAAGACGCAGAUCUCCGCUCCCGAGUCCUGGGGCUGGUCCGGCUCCACCCCUCCGCAGCUGCGGGCCUUUGUGCGCGCGCUCGAUGAAAAGUUCAUCAACGGGGUGCAGGAGACGGUGGUCAACGUGAUCCGCUUCUUCCUCCCCGAGGGCGCAGAGGACAGUCCGGAGGCCGCCGCCUCCCGGCGCAAGCCGCUGGUGGCGCUGUCUCGGGAGCUGUUCGCCGAGUACUUUGCAAUCGUGCGACGUGUGGUCAGCGACGCCGCCAAGGCAGGCGUGCUUCGCGGCUCGCUGCUGCGGGAAGCGCGUGCGGAGACCGCAGCGGCUGCUGCUGCGGGGGGAGGUGGAGGAGGAGGAGGAGUGGCGGGGGUGGCUGCCGCCCUGUCGGUUAGCUCCCCGGCGCUUCAGCAGCUGGGCAGCGACUGGGGGGCGGAGGCCAUUGCGCAGGCCCUAUCCACCGUGUCCACCGAUGUGGGGCUGCUGGCGCCGCACCUGCCUGAGCUGCAGCUGAGGGAGCGGGCCAUGGAGGUGGUGCAGGCUGCCGUACAACAGCACGUCACCCUCUCCUUCGCGGCCCUCAAGCAGCGAGUCAUCGACGCCGCAGUAGCAGUCCGCACCGCACUGGCAGCGGAGUCGGGGG